AUGGCUAUAAGCUUCAAAUACUGGGACGAUUGCUUGGAUCCAGAGGAUAUGAAAUUAAUGUGGCAGGAUCCUAUUGUAAGUAAAGAGUGGAAUGAUGCUGGGGAAGAGCAAGGACAGAAAGUUCAUCUAUCACGGGACCCUGAUGGUGAGGCAUAUCUUACACAAACUGAAAUGAUGGCAGUGGCGGCAAUUACCGUUCAUAGACAUUUCAAAUCUCAGCUAGACCCGUAUAUGAUAAGUGCACUUGCUGAAAUUGCUAGUGGAAGGAGACUCUUUGUAGAUACUUAUGAUCGUAAGACUAAAGAAACCAAGGUUGACAUAAUGCAGGUGGCACCUGAAGUUGCUCAAUGGCUUGGAAGACAAAGAACUGAAGAAUUUGUUGUUAGAGCAUAUAAGGGUGGCAAAAAGAAGGCUGCUCACAAAUCAACUUCCCCUAUCUUCCAGCGUUAUCUUUAUGUGAAAGAGAACUUGUUGUCUAUGAGACAAUCAAAAAUUUGCCACGAGCUUACUCCUGACCUAGAAAAUUUGUCAAGCGCAGAAGCACAGUUGAUGUAUUGGGAUUCCAAUGUAUCAGAGGCUGAUAUGGAUGCAAUGUGGAAACAUCCGGAUGUAUAUAAGGAGUGGAUAAAAUCUAGUGAGAGACGUGGAAAUGUACGAUUCUCCCAUGAUGCAAAGCACAGGCCUUACCUUUCUCGCGUGGAGGUGAAGUUGCUAGCCAGGCUGUUAGAUUCCACCUAG